UCCCAAGCGCUGCAGAGGCCGCCGCCUGCACUGCCGCUCCCGGAGCCGCCGCUCGCCCUGGACACGCUUGGAGAAGGGCGCAGGGCGACCGCCCCGACCCUUCCCUCCCUGCGACUCCGCGGCCACCGCUAGCCGCCGUUCCCGCUGGGACCUUCACGGCCCCGUGGCUUCCCCUCCGCUCCCCCUGCUCCACCGCUCCCCGGAGGCCCCCUCCGCGGCGGGAACUUGGGCAGGACCGACGGGACCCGCGCGCGGAGCUGGGCUCCAGCGCUGCGGCGAUGCCCGCGGGCCCCCUCCUCGCCACUUGCUCGCCCUGUGCCGGGGCUCGGGCCCCGACGGCUGCGCCGUGAGAUGACUUUCCGCGACCUCCUGAGCGUCACUUUCGAAGGACCCCGCUCGAACAGUAGCACUGGGGGCUCCGGCGCGGGCGGUGGAGCUGGCACGGCUGGACCCGAGGGCCCGGCGGUGGGUGGUGUGCCAGGGACCACUGGCGGCGGCGCUGUGGUGGGGACCGGCAGCGGCGAGGACAAUCAGACCUCCACGGGAGAACCGGGGGCUGCGGCCGGCGGCGAGGUGAAUGGCUCAGCAGCCGUCGGGGGGCUGGUGGUGAGUGCUCAGGGCAUAGGAGUGGGGGUCUUCCUAGCAGCCUUCAUCCUCACCGCUGUGGCGGGCAACCUGCUCGUCAUCCUCUCGGUGGCCUGCAACCGCCACCUGCAGACGGUCACCAAUUAUUUCAUCGUGAACCUGGCGGUGGCUGACCUACUGCUGAGUGCAGCCGUGCUGCCCUUCUCAGCCACUAUGGAGAUUCUCGGCUUCUGGGCCUUCGGUCGGACCUUCUGCGACGUCUGGGCCGCGGUGGACGUGCUGUGCUGUACCGCCUCCAUCCUUAGCCUCUGCACCAUCUCUGUGGACCGGUACGUGGGCGUGCGCCACUCGCUCAAGUACCCAGCCAUCAUGACAGAGCGCAAGGCCGCUGCCAUCCUGGCUCUGCUCUGGGCGGUGGCCCUGGUGGUGUCCGUGGGACCGCUGCUGGGCUGGAAGGAGCCAGUGCCCCCGGAUGAGCGUUUCUGCGGCAUCACCGAGGAAGUGGGCUAUGCUGUCUUCUCUUCCGUGUGCUCCUUCUACCUGCCCAUGGCGGUGAUCGUGGUCAUGUACUGCCGCGUGUACGUGGUCGCGCGCAGCACCACGCGCAGCCUCGAGGCAGGCAUCAAGCGGGAGCCCGGCAAGGCCUCCUCCGAGGUGGUGCUGAGGAUCCACUGUCGAGGCGCAGGCACCAGCGCCAAAGGAACCCAUGGGACGCAGAGUACUAAGGGCCACACCUUGCGCAGCUCGCUCUCGGUAAGGUUGCUCAAGUUUUCCCGGGAGAAGAAGGCCGCCAAGACGCUGGCCAUCGUCGUGGGUGUCUUCGUCCUGUGCUGGUUUCCCUUCUUCUUCGUCUUGCCACUGGGCUCUCUGUUCCCGCAGCUGAAGCCAUCAGAGGGCGUCUUCAAGGUCAUCUUCUGGCUGGGCUACUUCAACAGCUGUGUGAACCCGCUCAUCUACCCCUGCUCCAGUCGCGAGUUCAAGCGCGCCUUCCUCCGCCUCCUGCGCUGCCAGUGCCGCCGCCGCCGCCGCCGCCUCUGGCGCGUCUACGGCCACCACUGGCGAGCCUCGACAGGAGACCAGCGCCCUGACUGUGCCCCCAGCCUGCGCGUCGCACCCCCGGGAGCCCCCCUGGCCCUCACUGCACACCCAGGCCCGGGCUCCGCAGGCACGAACGAGGCGCAGGCUCCGGUCUCCGGCCGUCGAAAGCCAGCCUCCGCCCUCCGGGAGUGGAAACUGCUCGGGCCGCUGCAGAGACCCACGACCCAGCUGCGUGCGAAGGUGUCCAGCCUGUCCCACAAGAUCCGCUCCGGGGGCGCGCGGCGCGCGGAGACUGCGUGCACCUUGCGGUCGGAGGUAGAGGCGGUGUCUCUAAGCGUUCCCCACGACGGGGCCGAGGCGGUCAUCUGCCCUGCCUGUGAGCCAGCCGACUACAGCAAUCUCCGGGAGACUGACAUUUAAGGACCGAGACCAGGUUGGGGGAUGUGCUGGAGCCAGGGAUAGGGUGCAUUGUGGGAUGCUGCCUCCGGAUCCAGGGCUCUGACCACACCGGGGCUCCAUCCCCAGAGCAACAGGAACUGGACCUGGGGUCGGAGCCCUUCCAAGGUGGUGAGUUAUGGCGCCCCCUGCUGGACAUAGGUGUCCAGAGCUCUUCCUGGAAGGGAAAGACUGCAGGAUUCACCCUUCUCAUCCAGUCUGAAAACUGCUUAGUCAGCUGGUCCUGAAGUCUGGGCCACACCCCUUGGGGAGGAAGAGGUACAGAUUCUUGCUUUGCUGCUCCCAGGGAAAAGAUCAGUGGACAGUUUGUACUCCUACGGCCACCCGGAGGAAGUCAGUGGACCUACCAUAGGAACUGCAUACUGCAAGCUUUGGUGGCAUAUUGGAUGCCCGCCGUACAAAUCUGUUGUUUUUCACCCUAGGCCCACUGCCCCCUCCCCACGUUCCUAACCUGUAUGUACCCUUCACCUGGCCCAGCCCUCACUAUUACUCCCCCAGGGGCCUUACUGUUUACACUCUGUACAUAAUUCAUUGUGCCUGUCUGUGCCCAUCACUUCUCACUGGGAUUCCAGGCUGCCGACAGGGGAGAGCCUUAUUUAUCAUUUUGAAGCCUAUUUAUUAGUAAGAGUACUUAUAUUUUGUUCAGACUGUGCAAACUGUCCAUCUUUGGCCUGUAAUUCAUAUAGAGUCUCCUUUUUCUAAAAUCCUUAGACCACCACAGAAUAGUCGAUGUUCACUUUGCUAGUUUUAUCAUAACUGCCUCUCUGACAGUUGCUGCCCUUUGGGGUUUAUUGCGGGGGGGGGGGGGGGCGUGCUAUAGAGGUCUGAAACAUAUUUUGGGAGUUGGUUCUCUCCUUCAUCCACGGGGGUUACUAUCCUUUGGUCACGGUCUUUUGGGUCUCUCAGCAAGGUGAAAGGACUUUGAGGCUUUGCUGACUUUUAAAAGUCACAUAAGCACAAACUUUCUUUUUGUCUGCCUUCCUAGAAGCAUCUGUGAUGCUUUGAGGGUCUCGGGGAACAUAGCGGCUACCAAUGCAACUGGAAAGAUGAUACAUGAAGAGAUAUACACACCCACGCAGACAAGUGUGGGUGAUGAGAAGACCCACACCUAGGAGGCAUAUUCCUUUAGCUCCGAGUAAAGGCAUACAUCCCAGGGUCAUAAACAAUUCAGUCUCUAAAAAGAGAAUACCAACCACAUUUAUCCAACCUGCAUGGGAGUGAAAACUGUAACCAGUGGGCCCUUAGAAGGACAGCUAUCUGAACAAUUCCCUGAAACUGGAAGAGCUGGGUACCGGGGCUAACAUGGAUAGGUGUUGUGAACCAAAAGCGCCUGUCCUCCGCUAAGGGGGCAGUCUGCCUGAAGCAUCACCACAAUUCCAAACCUUUCGUGAUGAUUUUACAAGGUUAAAAGGGAAAUGGUAGGAGGGCUUAGAAGGAAGUGGCUUAGAAAGCGAGCUGGGAUCUGGGUUUCAGAACUGGCCUCCCCUAAGCACCCAGGUGCAGAGGAGCAGGUAUAGCAGGUACUAGGAAUAUGCCACAUUCUCCAAAAAAGGUCCCCUUUGUACCUACUGAUGUUCUUAAAGCUAGGGGACAGGCUUUGCUAUCUUCUCACAGAGGUGGAAUACAUGGGUGAAGUCAGAAAUCAGUGAGCGGGUAGCCCCCAGUGUCAAGUAGUUGAGCAUUGACCUCUUGGGUAGGAGCGAGUCGGGUUUGCUUCAUAAGCUUGCUUAGGUUUGGGGGGACCCACCCAGUGGGAGUGGAGGUGAUAGAAUUGACAGCCUGAUCAGUGUUUGUGCCAAGCACGAUAAUCAUCUCAUGGCCAGACCCUAUUCCCUGGGCACACUGCUGCUCCCCACACCAGGAAUGGGGUGUGAAUGAGGUGCAGAAGGCUGCAGAGCCCAGAGAGAGAUCAUCUUCAGCAGAGGCCUCCAGGGAUCGUGUUCUCAUAGCUAAUAAAGCGCAGCUGCUGACCUCACUCCUGGGACAUGACAGGCUUGUGGUCAAGAGGGAUGGACGGAAGAGUGAUGGGGGGGGGGGAAUGCAGGUGACGUCAGGAAAAUCUGGGAGAAUGCACCAUUUCUUGGGGCCUUGGGUGCUUCAGCACCUCAACCCAUCCUACAAAUCUGUCUAGAAACCGUCUCUGAAGUGCGUGGAAGACAUGAGGCCUCUGGCCUCACGUGAUCUUAGAGGAGAAGGCCCGAAGACGUCUCUGGUUGGGGAAAGGAUGGUUCUAGGAGCUGUGACAAAGACUGACUGCCACAAGCUUUUAAGGACACUGCUGUUUGUCCAAGUCCUCAGGCCCUUCCUUAGCCUCAUUCCUGCCUCCUACCCCAGGAUCCCAGCUGCCACCUACCCACUCACCUUCCUGGGACCCAGGUGCUUUUGCGACUCACCGGGGAACCUCCAGUUACCCUGGGCUCAACCCCAUGCUAGUGACGUCUGCUCUGGUGCCGCCCCUUUCCUGAGUGUCAGAGUCUGCUGAAACUAACUCCUGCUCAUUCCUGCUUCCUUUCUCCUUCCUCCAAAGGCUCCCCUCUACCCUUAAACAUUCCCGAGGGUUGUAUUCCUCUUCUCAACUCUCCACAUAAUCUCAUCCACUCCACAUCUCAAUGACCACUUACACAGAAAUGACUCCCAGGGACUGUCUUGAGCUCCAGAUGUGUGAUCAACCUCCUAGGCACACCCCAAGUCUGUUUCCUUCCUACAGAGCUGCUGAGCACGCCUUACCUCCUCCACUCUCCGACUUCUUGGUUUUACAUCUUGCCGAGAUCUUUUUCACAGAUUCCCAUCUCUGAACAAGCCCCCAAGCAUCUUACAGCCUCUCAGGUCACUCACACCCACCCUGUGUUCAGUGUACUGAGAGUCCUUAUGUCCCCAAUAGCAGAUAUGCCCUGCACUUCUAUGGUAACACACACUCCACUCGCCUUCCAGUUGACCAGCCCCUCCACCUUUAGGCCCCUAUCAUCAACCGGUCCCCGCGUUCCUCCUGUUCCAGUUGCUGACAGGUCGUGGCAAAGUGUCUGAAAUCUCCAUCAUCCUUCCUUGUAUCACAGCUCCAACUCCUCAGACCCCUCUUGACCUUGAUUCUAUUCCCAUCCUUUUAUACCCCUAGGGGACUGACUACAUGGUCACCGUCUGUCCACUUGGAAGGAAUUUUUUAUAGUUGGCCCCCUCCCGCCCUGCUUCUUGUGGCUCCAGAGAAGCACAAAUCCAGAUGCUCACAGAGAACCACUGAGGGGUAGGCCCUUUCAGAAAGGAGCUUGGUGCUGUUCUCUAGUAGUCUGGGCUUCCUGUUUUCCCUUCCCCCAUCCAGAUCUGUACCUCAAGAACAAGGAAACUAAGAGAAUGCUGACCAGGGCAGAGACCUACAUUCUAAAAUGACUCUGGUCUGAAAGGACCCACAGGAAACUGCAGGAUGCAUUUGGAAUGGAGACAUGAGACCUUCAGCCCAGUGGGAUGGCCGUGGUAGAGUGCUUGCCUCUCGUGCAUGAGGCCCUCGCUCCGAUCCCCAGUAUCAGGGGAUAGGGUGUACCAAUAAGGAGUCCAGGAAACGGAGCCACACAAACUGGGCUUUCAAAGAAACAGGCUGGAAGUAAAAUACACCGGAAGCAUCGCCAGCACUCGGGCUGCCCUGUUUGCACAGCUUUCUUUCCCCACUAAUUAGCUCCACCCGGGUGUCUGUGUUCAUUCCUUUCUACCCUGCCAGAAACCAAAGAAAGAGUCCUAAUUCCUUUUCUGUUCUUUUCAUAGCAUACCUCUACCAAUGAAAUUUUACUGGGGUGUGUGUGUGUGUGUGUGUGUGUGUGUGUGUGUGUGUGUGUGUGUGUUCAGAGGAUAACUUUCUGGAGUUAGUUCUCUCCUCCCACCUUUUACAUGGGUUUCAGGAUUCCAUCUCAGGUCACUAGGCUCAUGCAGCAAGCACAUUUUCUCACACCGUGUCAUCCACUAGUUCCUUUUCCUGAGAAUGAAUCAGAUUGGUCCCACUCAUCCUUUGAGCCAAGCCAAAGAGACCAUGGGUCACUGGCCAGCUCACAGACUGGCUGAUUUGGGGUCAAAUCUAACAGCAGGUGAGGCAGAUGGGAGUAGGAAUGGUCACAGAGGACAAAUGCCAUCUGCACACCAGCAUGGGGGAAGGGAGGUGCUCAGAAAGUGGGAGGAGAAGGUGGGUAAUAUUGACAUCUCUCUCUCGGCACACUGGAUCAGUUAAGGAGGCUGUGAGCAUUAAAGACACUGAUCACUCCCUGUGGGAUACAAGGCGUUGUUUUUCUCACCUGACAAGCUAAAGGGUAAAUGGGUGGCUAGAACUCCCACGCUUAUACUGUCUGCUUCACGGUCUUCAUUGAGGGCUUUUCCUCUUCGCUGCACCGUGACCAAGGGCAUGCUGCUCAAGGUUGAGGAGGAGAGGCUCCAAACUGCAGCUGCAGCUAGUGCCUGCCUCCAGUCAUCCAGCAUCCAGAACCACAGCUCCCCUACAAUCUCACGCAUGCCCUUAAUGGCCAGAGGUAGACUCUUGCAUGAAAGACUGAGAAAGUAGGUGGGAUUGGUUUAGGAAAGGGGCCCAAAAAUUCUGCCAGCCAAAUUCAGACUUCCACCCGACUUAGUACUGCCAUCUUAGUUAGGGGUUCUGUUGCUGUGAAGAGACACCAUGACUGCAGCAACUCUUACAAAGGAAAACAUUUCAUUGGGGCUGGCUUACGGUUUCAGAGGGUUAGUCCACUAUCAUCAUGGCGGGAACCAUAGUGGCACACAGGUAGACGUAGUGCUGGAGAGGUAGCUGAGAGUUCUACAUCUGGAUCCGUAGGCAGCAGGAAGACAGUGUGAGCCACUGAGUCUGGCUAGAGCUUCUGAAACCUCAAAGCCCAUUCCUAGUGACACACUUCCUCCAAAGAGGCCACACCUACUCCAACAAGGUCACACCUCUAAUAGUCCUACUCCCUAUGAGCCUAUGGGGACCAUUUUCAUUCAAACCACCACACACCCACAAACUAAAAAUGGGGGAAAGUCAAAAGAAUAAUAUUUUAUGAUAAUAUGUGAACAUCACCAUCUAAUAUCUUCAAUUUUGCCUCUUGACUCACAAAUUUAUCCAUUGACCUUUACAGGAAAAGCCUACUGGCCUCAGUCUUGGGAUAACAUAAAGGAAUCAUUGAUUGCUUCUUGGUAGAACUACCUGGACCAGAACAGGGUUCUGGCAAGCAAGAAGCCUCAGAAUGUAUCAGGCAGGCAGCCCUGGUUGUCUGCAAUGCAUUUCAAGCUUGUAUUCCGUUAUUUAACUUUUUAUGGGAGCAUGUUCGUUGUACAUCAUGAUGGGUUAUUUCGUCUUCAGACAGCUGUAAACUAAGAGCUAGCCCCCCCUCACCAGUCCCUGGGACAAAGGAGUGAUUCUGGAAUGCAUCUGCUUCGAGGAUGUUUUCUCAGAUUGGCCAAAUGUAGGGUUUAGAAAGAGACCUGAGAAAACCAGAAACUAACCAGCCACCUGUGGCAAGGUGCCAGAUCUCAAUGUUAGAACUACAGGAAGCAAGGCUGGUGGCCUGGGUUGCCACAGUUCACUGCACUCACUGGGAAGUGAAGUCUGUAAGCUCCAACCAGACUAGUUAGUGCCCUAAUGACUGAAAAUGAACCUGAUGGGAAGCCUGAAAGCAACUCAGCAAGCUGGAAGGCAGAGACGGAGGUUCUGGACCUGGGCCAGUGAGCUACCUCCUAGUACAUCCUGCCUGUUUCCAUGCUGCAUCCUUCUCCAUCUUCCUUGAUGCAUCCCUGUCUGUCUUCCAUAAUGCAUCCUUCUCCAUCUCUCUCCAACCUGAAGGUGGUGUUAAAUCCUUUCUAAGUCUGACUUGUGUUUCCUUCCCAACUCUUUCUUCUUGUUCUGUGUGUUGGUCAUCUGUCAUGGGUCCACUUCAGACUGGAACACCAAAAGACAAUCAAGAGAUUUUAUUUCUAAGCUCUCAGGGAACAUCUUGUGGUCACCCUGGUGGACAAGCUUGUGUGUGUGGUGAAUUCUACCCACACAGGAGGGAUCCACAUGCCUCUUGACACCCUUCAACCAGACAGUACUCUCUAGCCAGCAGCAAACACCUAGGUGAGGUCACUGAGUAACUCAUGCACUUGAUGUUUACUGAGCACCUACCAUAUACCAAGUAGGUGAGACUAAAACAAUUUUCAAGAAGAAAAA